AUGAUUUUCAAUAUUUUCUAUUAACUUUUGUUAAUCCAAUUAUGUAUAAUAAGGGGUUCAGAAAUUUCCAAAAGAUGCGUUUGUGGGCAUGUUCAAAAUUAAAAAGACUGCAAAAACUCUGGGUUUUGCAUCUGGUAGAGUGAUUAGUGUAUUUUAAAUCCAAAUCAAUCAUACAAUUCAGAGGUUAAUAAUUAGAAUCACUGCAAAAGCUAUGCGUAAGAAGAUUGUAGAGAAUAAGAAUAAUGCGGUUUUUACUUUGGUUUAUGUAUUGAUUUCGUAGACUGCAGUAAUUUUGAUAAAGGUAAUUGUUAAGAAUCGUCAUAUAAAUGUGUUUCUGAUGGUCAAAAGUGCGUGGAAAUGAAAGAUUGUAGUGAUUAUAAAACGUAGCAUGCAUGUGCGAAUAAAAAUAAGCAUGGUAAGUACUGUGUUUGGAUUGGAGAAUUAGAGAAAAAAUGUAGAAAUGUCACAACGUGUGAGGAAUUGCCUCUAUAUUUAGCCAAUCAUACCGCGUGUAAAUCAGGUCUUGACGGAUGUACAAUAAGGGAGAAUGGCAGUGGAUGUAUAGAGUAAAUGGAGUCUUGUACAUAAUAUAUUAAUAAUUUUUAAUGUAUUGAAAGUAGAUAAAAACAAAAUAGUUGUUUUUGGAAUUCAAAAAAUAACAAUUGUGUUGAAAAAGCAUGUGAAAAUCUUCCAUUUACUUAUGAUUAUGAAUGUAAGUUAUAUUUAGGUGAAUGUACAACAAAUGGAGUUCAUUGUGUAAUGAGGAAGUAGUGUAGUGAUGCUUAGAACAAAUUGGGUUGUGUGACGGAUGCUUAGGGUAAAAAAUGUGAAUAUCAUUAAAAUCAAUGUAAAAUCAAGAGCUGCAGUACUGCUCCAGAAUCACUAACUAAUUAUAGAUAAUGCCAAGAUUAUGACAAUCUAUUAGAUUGUGUUNAAAAUUUUUUUUAUAAAAUGCAUCGAUCUUCCAUUUUGAUUGAAGAUUGA